AUGAAGCCUGAAAGGGGACCAGUAUACAGGAGAACAAACCCAAAUCCGCAAGAAGACAAAAAGAAUUGGACAACCAGGAGAGGAUUGAGCCCCCCCAAAGCAAGCUUUAGGGGCAAACAAGGCCUAAACAGGCUGACCAGAAUGAAAAAGCCCGAAAUAGUGACCAACAAAAAUCAACAGAAGGCAAAUUGUUAG